UUUCCCUGUUGCUCCAGUGUCUGCUGAGCUCUUUUCCGGUGGUGUUCACUUUCUUUGUCGGAAAGAAACAACAUUAAAAAAGUGCUUUUCUCCACCGCGGCUGCUGCGACAUGGCGGGAAACUUCUGGCAAAGUUCUCAUUAUUUGCAGUGGGUUCUGGAUAAACAGGACCUGAUGAAAGAGCGACAGAAGGACCUGAAGUUUCUCACAGAGGAGGAGUACUGGAAACUGCAGAUCUUCUUUGCCAAUGUGAUCCAGGCUUUAGGGGAACACCUGAAGCUGAGGCAGCAGGUGAUCGCCACGGCAACUGUCUAUUUCAAACGCUUCUAUGCCAGGUACUCCCUGAAAAGUAUAGACCCAGUGCUCAUGGCACCUACGUGUGUUUUCCUUGCUUCCAAAGUUGAGGAAUUUGGAGUUGUAUCCAAUACCAGGUUGAUCUCUGCAGCAACAUCUGUGUUAAAGACUAGAUUUUCCUACGCCUUCCCAAAGGAGUUUCCUUACAGAAUGAAUCAUAUAUUAGAAUGUGAGUUCUACCUUCUGGAGUUGAUGGACUGCUGCCUGAUCGUGUACCACCCGUACAGACCACUGCUGCAGUAUGUGCAGGAUAUGGGCCAGGAGGACAUGCUGCUGCCUCUGGCCUGGCGAAUAGUGAAUGACACGUACAGGACUGAUCUGUGUCUCCUCUACCCCCCCUUCAUGAUCGCCCUGGCCUGUCUGCAUGUUGCCUGUGUGGUUCAGCAGAAAGAUGCCAGGCAGUGGUUUGCAGAGCUCUCUGUUGACAUGGACAAAAUCUUGGAGAUCAUCCGUGUGAUUCUGAAGCUCUACGACCAGUGGAAGAACUUUGAUGACAGAAAGGAAAUAGCUGCUGUGCUCAACAAGAUGCCUAAACCCAAACCUCCUCCUAAUAGUGAGAGCGACCAGAGCUCCAACGGGAACCAAAGCAACUCUUACAGCCAGUCUUAGCGCGGGUCUGCGUUUCCACGGGCAUCAAUAGUCUUGAUGUCGAGAGGGGGGUGGACCUUCUUUUUUAAACAAAAAAUGUCACACAGCACAAACUUUGCAAUGUCCGUUUGGAAAAAUCACUGAUCGAGAUGUCCCCUCAUCUUCAGCGGACACCCCCCCCCCCCAGCAAAGUCAAGAGAGCCAUACCCUCACUUUCCCCUUCUCUGAUCAUUGUGGGUUUAUGGAUCGAACAUUGAACAGAUGGUUACAGGAGCUUAUUCGUCUCGAUGACGCCGAGCUCCUCUGCUGCAGACUUGAAAUGAACUGAAACUGAUGAACAUUUUGUGGGAGGGGGAGGCCACGAAUAUGGGGCUUUAAACUUUGUCAUUGUGAUGAUCCUGACGUCCUUGAAUAGCCCAGGAGAGCGAGUCCUUUCAUACGCUGCCCCCUGGGAUUAGAGAAACAAAACUUGAUCACUUGUACUGUGUGUGUGAGUGUGUGUGUAGAACACGUCAGCGGCCAGUCUGUGUGGGUUUUCAUUCCUCAGGGACUAUAGUGCAGUAGUCUUCUCUGUAAAUGUAUUUGAUCCUGUGCUGUUGGGUCUGAUUGGAUAUCACCCUGUGCAACUGUGGUGUGAUUGGACGGCCCUGUGCUCCGAUGGUCGAUCGUGAAAAUCCCCAAAGCGACUCGUCUUAGACUUUACUCUUUUGAAUCAUGAUGGCUCCACCUCCUUCCUCCCUGUUGUAAAUAGCUUUGUACUCCUUUUUAUUUUAUCUCUGUCGUGUCUUUGCCUUAUUAAGGAAACUUUAAUGGAAAUCAUGUGCCGGUUUAGCUUCUGGCUCGCGCUUCAGAUGGAAGUGUCCCAAUUAAUUUCACCAUCAUGAUUCACUUAUUAAAGCUGAUUAUUUUUAUUGUAAAUAAUUGUCCCUUUAUUCUGCUUUAGUUGUAGAACUCGUGUAGAGCGAUAUUUUUUUGUUUAUAUUUAGCCGAGGCUUUUUUAGGGGGAUAAAUGCAAAUUACAAUCGUUUUAGAUUUGUCUAUAAACUUUGGGUUGUACAUUGUUAUUUUUAAUUUACCUUCUGCCAUAUAUUUAAUCACUGAAUUGUGGCUGUGUGUGUGUGUGUGUGUGUGUGUGUGUGUGUGUGUGUGUGUGUGUGUGUGUGUGUGUGUGUGUGUGUGUGUGUGUGGUGUGUGUGUGUGUGUGUGUGUGUGUGUGUGUGUGUAUGUGUGUGUGUGUGUGUGUGUAUGUGUGUGUGUGCGCUCGAAAGAAGGUGCUCGAAAGCCUAACAAAAUACAAGCUGCUGGUCACAGAGGAAACCCUUCAUAACAGCACAUUGUAAAAUGUAUUUUAGGAUUCAAGUAUUAAUUUGAUUUGCUGUCAUCCUUUCUCCUGUUUACUUGUCCCACAUUAACGGGGAUAUUUACAUCUUGUUAAAGGCCACUCCCAUGUAACUACUGAGGACACAGUGAAUCCUUGAAGAGAGUUCGACCCCGCCUUCAUCUGACAUUUUCCUCCCCUGCGGCAUCCUCCAUCUGUUACAUGAGUGUUCUCGUGAUUGGGCAAUAAAAAAUAAAAAGGGCUCAACCCAACUAAAAGAAUACUACUAUUUCUGAUUUUAAAAUUUUUCCCCCAAAUUAGUUUUACUUGAAAGUCUUAUGUUGGAUCAUAUUUUGAGGAUCAAUUAUGAUAAUAAAAUGUAAGAUGUGAUGAAUUAAAAGUGGGUCACUGCUGUUA